GCGACUCUUCCUGAAGACGGGCAGGUAGGAGUGUGCCUUCCCAACGGCACCUGGACUGGAAUGGUUGGUCUCGUGCAACGAAGGGAAGUGGACAUGACCAUCAUGCCGCUGAUCCAGACUUACAGCCGUUAUGCGGUCGGAGAAUACAGCCCUGCCAUCAUAUACGUGCCAUUCGGCAUUCUCUCGGCCAGCGACGUCAGCACCUCGAACGUGUUUGGCUACAUACUCACCUUCGACUGGAAGGUGUGGGCUCUGCUUCUGAGCGCCAUUCCCAUUCUGGCGCUGCUCAUCAGCCUGUCGGAUUUCGCGGUCCACAGGACGUCCUGGAAGAAGAUGCCGCUCGAAGUGCAUCAGUGGGGCUGGGAACUGUUCGGAAACCUGCUCUACGAGAGUUCGCCGCGCACCCCUUCGCAGCCGUCCGGCCGCAUAGCGCUCAUGACGUGGCUGCUGGCCGUCCUCGUGAUUGCCAACUCGUUCGCGGGCCACCUCAAGUCCAGCAUGGCAGUCAAGAACGAGCCGCCUCAAGUGGACACCGUGCAAGACGUAGUCGACCGACCAAACAUGAGGCCCAUAAUAUGGAAGGGUUCCUACUACGAGGCCCUGAUUUCGGGCUCCCCGUCGCCGCUUCUGAGGCGGUUGUGGAGAUCGGUGAUACGCACCAACGGCUCGCAGCUGGGCCGCAUCAUGUACCGCGACGAGAACAUGCGCGAGGUGGUCGAGCGUCGCGCCGUGUUCAUGGUGGACCACAACUCGCAGCGGUUCCACAUGGCCGCCUUCUGCCGACGCGAGGUGGCGCCCAGCUUCCACUUCGGCCGCGAGAUCAUCGAGGAGCACCGGCUGUCCUUCCUCAUGUCGCGCUUCAUGCGUCGGGAUCUGCACCGACGCAUACACAUAAGGGUCACGUGGCUGUACGAGAGUGGUCUGGUAGACAAGUGGAUGGCCGACGGACUGGGAGACUGGCAGCGAUGCGUGAGGCGCGCGGGAGGCCACGCGGCCGAAGACCUCACCGUCAACGACACGCUGGCCACCUUCGUGCUCUGGGCGAUCGUCAUGAGCGCCGCCGCCGGCGCGCUGGUCGUCGAGACGCUGCGGCGCCCGCGCGUCGAUCGCGCGAUGCCGGACGUCGAGUCGGUCGAGUCCCAGCAGCGACGGGUCCCGGCGAGGCGGUCGCGCGCUGCCUGCCGCAGGGCGCUGAAGCUAGCGGUGCCCACUCGACGACGCCAGAGGGAGACGUGCGCUCAGCUUGAAGGCCGAUGAAGAACAAGCGGUGUCAGGAGGUGCUAUACGAUUGCUUCAGAUUGCACCAAAAAAUGCAGACGCCAUCCCUGCAGAAAAAAUUCUAUAGUUAGUUACUUAGUUAAGGGCUGUAGGCUAGUUAGUGUAGCACAUCGAUCAUGGCGCUGAGCGCCAAACUUGACGGGAAAAUGAGAGGUCAUGUGGACAGGAUAGACGCUCGCUGUAGUAACUGAAGAUUUAUUGAAAGCUUCCUAUGAGCAACAGAAGUCGCCUGCGCUGGGAA